UAAAAGUUACUGUUCACCAACUUGAACCUCGUUCUAUUAAUCCAUCAGUUGAUCUUUAUAGUGGUAUGUGUACUCCUUAUAUUUUACCAUUUGGUGCAUUUGAUAUAGAUGAUUUAUCAAAAGAUAUUCCAUUAGAAUUACGUUUUACAAAAUCAUCUGAUACAUUUAUGGCAUUAGAUGAAAAUGAAUCUAAACUAGUAUCAGAAAAUGAAAUUGCUUAUUUAAUUGGAUCUCAAAUACUUACCAGAGCUGUCGACCUGGCCUGCUGCCUGGCAGGCGCCUGGCAGGCAGCAGGCCAGGCUAGCAGGCCAGGCCGAAUUUUAAAAUUUUGGCCUGGCCUGAUCAGGCUGAAAAAUUUUUGGCCUGGCCUGCAGGCAGGCCAGGCUAAACUUAGUUGCCUGGGUCAUUUUUUUUUUAUAUAUUAUUUUUUCAGUAGUCAUAUUGAAAACGGUGAUGGCGCCACAAACUAGUGAUUUUACGCAUUUAAUUCACGAUUUAUGAUUGGUGAGUGGUCUAUUGGUUCAAAAUAGUGAAUGAAUGAAUGAAUGAAUAGAAUAAUAGAAUAUAAAAUAAAUAAAACAAAGAAUGCAAUAAUAUUCACGAAACUUUCAUUUCAAGAUAUUAGAAUAUCAACGUUGUUGUUCUUUUAAAACACUCAUCUUCUUUCUUUAAUAUUUUUUAUAGGUAUUAGCAUAGAUAAAAUAAUGUCAACCGAUGAUAUUCAUAUUUUGCCAUCUUCUGAUUCAAC